UGAUUUCCUGGAUAAAAGCUACUAAUACUUGAAGAGGGAGCAGCCUUUAAUCUCUCUGCAGAGCCAGUCAGUGAAACGACCAUUUGCUGACCACAGAGUCCUUGCUAGUCCUUGGUAGUUCUAGGGCUAACCACGCAGUAGACAGCUUGUAGGGUCAGCCAACACAAACCCUUCGCUUCUCAGAAACUUCACCAUCCUCGGCGUUACGGAGGAAAGAUGUAAACAAGUCCCAUGGAGCUCAAGCACCUUUUGAUGUGGCUCUUGCUUGGAUCCAUCAUGGGGACAAGGGCAGAAAAAUGCCCACCUCUUUCACCUACUGAAUUUGCUGACGUGGCUGCUGACACAUAUCCACUGAAGACCAAACUGCGUUAUGAGUGUGACAAUGGCUACAGGAGAAGAAGUGGGAACUCCUUGACCAUUCGGUGUUUGAAGGUAUCAGGGACUGCUUCUUGGGUCCACGAUGAACUUGUAUGCAUUGAUGAGAAAAUUUUGUUCUCAAAGAAUCACACAGCUAAGUUAAAUUCUACACAAGAGCCACCAAGAGAAACCCAGAGCCCAGCACCUCCAAAGCAAGUAAACAAUUCAAGUUUUUGUGGUAUGCCCAAAACUGUCCUUCAUGCCUCUCUGAGCGUACAACAAGUAUAUUCUGUGGGGCAAGUAUUACGUUUCACAUGCCCGACUGGCUACAAUGAGCAGCUUCCUACCUCUGGCACCAUCACGUGCAAGAAUGUGACUGGAAGAAUCAAGUGGAUGCCCCUUGAUAAGCCAUGUACCAGUGGCAGCAGCCCUAUAAACAAGCAGCUGUCACAUCUUAUUGAGGCAGUCAUUUUUUCCAUUCUGCUUCUCCAUUCUGCUGUCUUAUUUUGAGUCACCGAGCAGAGAUGAUAAACGGGAAGGAACCAGGAAAAUGUGAAACCUAAAAAAAUCCCUGGAAGAGCUCUCAGCCGGAUCUACCACUUCAUUACUGCACUGCUUGGAUUUCUGAAUACCUUCUCUGGUAUUAAAUAAAUGACCCCG